GGAAGACGGCGAGAGAGGUCUCUCAGCCGAAGGGCGGGAGAAACGAAGCGGGGCAAGAAAGCUCGGGGAGCUGCCGCGGAGGAAAGAAGGGCGCAGCCGGGGCCCCGCCAAGAAGCCAUUCAGCCUGCCUGCGUGCCUGCCCCGAAGGAGACUGGCAGGUGGGACGGGGGGCGCCGAGAAGAAACCUUUCCGGAGGACAAGAUGGAAAAAAGAAGGGAGCGGGAGAUGUCUUGGAUUUUAUGUAUGGGCAGGAGGAGGCAGUAAUGGAAGAGGGAGCUGUGACAGGAGAAUGAAGGUGGAAAGAGAGGGAGAAUUUGAACGGAUAGAAGAAAAAACAAAAGGAGCACAGUAGGAAGACGCUGAUUAGAGACGUGGUGGUAUCUUCAUCUGCUGGCUAAUUGUGUGUGAGGCAACUGAAUGAAGUAGCUAUCCCAAAAGGAGGAGGAAAAACAUUUACAGAAGAGGCAGAAAUACUUGGAGGAUGUCUAUGAUCAAUGCCUUGCCAUUUUUCAAAACCCUUUAUCUCAGACCUCCACAGAACUCCCUUGGGCGCCAGCGCCGACACACUCUUCCUGCAAGUGAAUUCAGGUGCCUCACACCUGAAGAUGCCAUUGGGGUGUUUGAAAUUGAGAGAGAAGCCUUUACUUCAGUGUCGGGAGACUGCCCCCUCCAUCUGGAUGAGAUUCACCAUUUUCUUAACCUGUGUCCUGAGUUGUCACUUGGCUGGUUUGAAGAAGGCCAACUAGUUGCUUUCAUUAUUGGCUCCCUCUGGGACCAGGAAAGACUCAGCCAGGAUGCGCUGACCCUACACAAGCCCCAUGGCACUACAGUCCACAUACAUGUUCUGGCAGUACACUGCACUUUCCGCCAGCAAGGCAAAGGGUCCAUCUUGAUGUGGCGCUACCUACAGUACCUAUGCUCCCUGCCCUAUGUGCGUCGAGCCACACUGAUGUGCGAGGAUUUUCUCAUUUCCUUUUAUUCUAAGUGUGGCUUUAAAGUGCUAGGUCCCUGCGAGAUCACUGUUGGUUCACUAAAUUUCAUUGAGAUGAACUAUGCUAUUCAGGCUCAUGCCUUCAUGCGCAGAAAUAGUGGCUGCUGAAAUGACAUCUCCCCUUCCUAUUCAUUUCCAGCAAUCUGGCUAGAAAACAAAAUAUUUCCUGAGAUUCUUAGCCCUUCAGAUGGGGCUGAAGUCUAGUGAAUCAAGGAAGUCCUGAAAGGUAAGGCCCUGGUUGUACAUGAAUAUAAGAGCCUUCUAAUUCAGCAGUAUCAAGCAAGUGAACCUACACAGACUGAAAAGGAGGAACUGAUAGAUCCCACCCUUUGGAACUUUCACCAUAAUUACUCUAUGACGAUUAAGAGAUCUACAACUGAUCAUGCACUGUAGGCUGCUAUCAUUACUGCAAUCAUUGCAUUAUAACAAAAAUGUUAAGAUUACCAGCAAGGCUGCCUUUAAAAAUUAUCGCUAAGCCUCAGACAUUUCUCUUACUUGUGUGAAGCACUGUUGGUCUGGUUCUCACAUAAGGGUAAUGGAGUUUGGUGUUUUGUGCCUUAGCUUGAUGUGAGAACUAGGCCAUUGUGCACUGCAUUCAGCAAACCAUGGGAAAAAGGUCUUAGGUUAGCACUGUGUGAAUAUAAUGACUGUAAAUGCAAUAAGGAAUAAUGCCCUAAUCCAUCUAUUUUUCUCAAAAUUUAAACUAUGAAAGCAGCAAAACAUGGUAGCUGCUUGUAGUUCUAGCUACUAAGAUUUAGUACUAAUAGUCAUGAGUACUGGAGAGAUUCAUUAUAAAUUAUGCAUUUUGCAAUUCAUGUUUCAUUCAUAAAUAACAGCUCUAUUUACAAGAGGGGUUCAAUUGCAGUGUGAUCUCAUUGGUUACCUUCACUUUUAUAGUAUUCAAUCAACUAAGUGUAUUUACACAAAUAUUACUGUAAGUUACUGUUUUUUGUUCAUUGGAGAGCAAUUCUAUGCUUUGUUAUGCUGAUUGGUUUUAUGUAAUUAAAGGUAUGUGAUUUCAUAUAUUUUAUAAAUAUAUGCUGCCUCAGUGAUAAAGCCAUGAGACUUCCUUCUUAGCAGAAUUCCUGCCAAUACUUCAUCAUUUAAUUGUCCCUUAUUGCAUAUGCUUUGAUGUGCACUGAGUUCUACCUGUGAACAUCCCUAUGACACUGGAUAGAAGAGAAAAUAGUUAUACAGUAUGUGUGUGUGUAUAUACCUCAUUGUUCAGACCAUUAGUUGUGAGUAAAAGGACACGCUUGUGUGUAUAACUUUUUCAUUUAAAGCCAGGUCAUCUACUUGCCCGCCAUUCUGUUGACUUUAGAAAACCAGUAGUAAUUUUCUGUCUCUAAAAAUGAGGUUGAUAAUGAACCUGAGGUCCAGAGAUCAGGCAGUGGAGUAAAGCAAGGGCCAGUGUGUUAUGCCAUCUAUUCAGCCGUAAUACUUUUAAUUUGCAUGAUAUAAGUCAUAGUACAUGACGGCCUCCACAAUGAUAGAAAGCUGGAAAAGUAUUGGAAAAGUAUUCUUUUAGAAAUGUAGCAAAAACUAGUCAAUCAGAGGUUUGCAAAACAUUUUGAGUUCAAAAGGGAGGGUUCCAAACUUGAAGUAGCCAUAUUUUGAAUUCAAAACAAGUCAGAUUGCUUUGUACCAUUGUUCGAAUUUUUAAUUUUCAGUUUUCACUAUAAUCAGAUGUAGGUAUGGGUAUUUUCUGGUGCAAGCUGAUCUACUGGUUACAACUGCAGUAGAAAUAAAAGCUGAACCAAGGAGGAAGCUAUACAUUCUGCCUUCCUUAUGAACAGAGCAGAUGCCUAUUUUUCUUUUAAUAGUGUGGGACUAGGAAGAGGCUCCUUAUUAACGCAGUAUAAACAUAUCUACUCAAACAAGCACUGCUAAAUUCAAUGAGAUUCGCUCCAAGGAAAACGUGUAGCAGUUCAAAUUUAUAACACAUCGUCUAUAAUUAAUGACUAAUUAUAAAGUAGUUGCAUGUUUGAAUACAUUACUUGGUCAGUCUUGUGCAUAGGAAAAUAAGGUUCUUGCCAUUGAACAAGGAAGCAUUCCCCAAAUGCUAUUGUGUGUGCCAUUUACCACUUGCCAGGUCAGCAAAUAAAUGUCUUUUUUUCCUAAUGUGUUCUUGCUUUUUUUCCCCCUCCUUAUAUCAUGAUGUAAUCAAAUCAGACCAUGACAUUUAUUGGGAAGUUAUUUUAUACAGUACAGGCAGGUUGAGAUUGUGGAGGUGAUGGUAACAAUUAACUUCCAUUACUCAGUCACUCCACAGGUACAUGGUACCGAUAAUUAACAAAGUUCCAAGAGCAAGGAACAGGAAUGCUUGAAAAAAUUACUAGUGAGACAGUAGAUACACUAGACACCUGAAUGACAGCCACAGAGCUUUGUGAAAAUGCAUGUAUUGUAUCAUAAUGGCACUUUUGUGAACAUAAUUGUCAGUCUAAGAUUUGCAAGGAACAAUAGUGCAAUGCAGUUUAAUGAAUUCAGAGGGAAAUGACAAGCUUUAACCAGUUUUGAGACCAAGUGGAAUACAGGAAUUAACCAUUAAUAUUCUUUGGGCGUGAAGAAAUGAUUAUCAAACCCAUCUCUAAUGAAAAGUGGAUAAAGGGUGUUAAUUGGGACACAUUGUUCACUUUCAUCAAAGGAACAGUCUAAUAUUUACACAUUAGUGACAAAGUUAUAGAAAAAAACUUUCUCAGCCAAAGGUUCUAAUAAAUUACCAGUAAUAGUACAGGAAGAUUUUAGAAUGCUUUGUUGCUCUAGGCAAAAUGGUGAGUCAGAAUCCUAAAUUAACACUGCUAUGUAGCUACAUCAUGUUCCCUGGGAUGAUGUGCCUCCAACUUCAAUACUUCUAAUUUGGAAAAAGUUAGAAAUACACACAUACCCCUCAUAGAAUUUAAACUCAUUUAUUUAGACCAAAAAUAUAUAUUUUUUACACUUCUCAUGUUGUCACUAGAGAGUCUGCUUGCCUUCCCUCCUUUUUAGAAGGGAAUUAUACUUCAAGUGUACUUUUAAAGAAAUUCCAGGUUGCUGCAUUAUCAACCCAAUGUAAAUAUUGGAAAAACUACCCGCAUUUCUUACUGAGGACAAGCUGCCUUUAAAAGCAAUAUUCUUGGCCAGAAAGUAUUUGACUCUAGUGACAUAUAGAGAUUGUGAACAUAAAACAAGAAUUUGCAUAUAAAAAUGCCCCUUGUACAAAAAGAUGGGGUUUCUUUUCACAGUACACUUCCUAGUACCACAAAAAGGCACUAAGGCAGGGAGGACUGCCACAAGGUCCAAGCACCAUAUUGUGCCAAAAGGCAUUGGAAAGGAACCCCCAAACCAUAAUUUGCAUAAAAAGCAGGGACUUCAAGUAGGAGAACACAGAGACAGGCAGAUAGUCAAUGGAAGCAGUUCAACAGGAUGUCUAAUCACUCAUACAGUCUUUGAAAGUCAUUGUCUGCCUGACCUCCAUCUCACAAAUGACCAAUCAGUCCCACAGAUGAAGGAUGUCUGGAUUCUUUGCCAGUUCAUCAAAAAGAAACUUGACCUCGAAGGCUGAGCUCAUGUCUGAGAAGGAUUUCAGGGUCAAAGCUUUACAGAGACUGACUUCUGAUGCAAGGCACCUGAGUGGGAAUUGUUCUGAUAACACAACCUCUGGUUUAUUUGGGUUGAAGAUACUCAUAACUCUCCUAGUAAUGAUUAAUUGAGGUUUAGGAUUGCCACAGAGUUAUACCUGGUUAUAUUUUACUCUGUAUAUCCAGAAGAGUAAACACCUUACAAAAGUUGGCAGGGGCUACCCACUUGCUCUGCU